AUGAGCUUCUUUCGUAGAAUCGAUCCAUACACUUGUUCACCUCUCAUCGUACGAGAAACCUCCAAUAUCGAACCUUCGUCGUUUUUACUAGGGUUUCCUUCCUUCAUCGACGUCGACGAGGUUGAAGAUCUCGAUUUCCCACUCGAUCUACUCGAAACCGUGACGGAUCUGGUAUCUCCGUCGUCUUGCAAGUACCAACUGAUUCGCCGGAGAUUAGACCCGGAUUAUCCAUUACAGUAUCUCUGCGAGCGAGUUUCUGAAUUGGAAACUAAGUUUGAUCGGUUGUUCAGCCCUAAGAGCCGUGAAUCUGACCGGAAGUACACAUUGACGAAGGAGAUUAAAGGGUCUGGAGAACGGAAGUAUAAAUGGGAGGCGGAGAUUCAAGGACCACCGGGGAGGAAGUACAAGGUGGAGGCGGAAGGAGGUGGAUCUAUGGAGAGGAAGUACAAGUGGGAAACGGAGAUCGAAGGUCCGGGAGAGAGGAAGUAUAAGUGGACGUCGGAGAUCAAAGGAGGGAAGAAGGAUGAGGUAGUUGCUUUGACGAAGGCGUUUGCCAGAAGAAAUGGAGCAGUUAGGACCAAGAAGGGUAAGAACAAGGAAAUGUCGUAUGAAUAUGCGGCUGUGGUGAUCCAGAGGGCCUUUAGAGCUUAUGUGAUCCGCCGGUCAAAAACAUUGCGUGCUCUUCGUGAUCUAGCUAUUGCAAAGACUAAACUGAAGGAGCUAAGAGCUUCGUUCCACAACUUCAGCUACCGACGCUUGAUUGAUCGUGAUGCAGAGGAGCGUCAGAAAUUCUCAGAAAAGAUCAUUGUACUCCUCCUCACAGUUGAUGCCAUAGAGGGAGUUGAUGUAAUGGUUCGAGGAGCGAAGAGAUCCAUGGUGGAUGAGCUGGAAGCAAUGUUGGACGUGGUAGACCCGCAGCCGCAGGGGAAAUCAUUGUCGAUGAGGAGGAGAACGUUCGAUAUGCCAGACAGUUUGAUCCGCAAAGAAAUUGCAGAAGGAGUGACUCAGAUUGUGCAGAUGCUUGAAACAGAAGAAUGA